GGACCUCAUAGUGGAGGAUGACCCUGGCAAUGAGUCGGAAUUUAUUAACUCGGAAAAUUAUGAGGAUUUGUACGGAGGACCGGAGUACAACGAACUCCCACACUGCCAGAAUGAUGGGCCCGACGAGGAGAGGCCAAGGCCUGCAGUAGUUGUGAGCACGCUUGAUGGACGCGUGACCAGUCUAGAUGCCUUGACAGGAGCUGUUAUGUGGUCACACCAGACAGGGCGGCAAAAAUAAUGAUAUGCUGUCUUCGUCUAUGUCGAAGUUGGAGGUGACUUCUCGUGGUGAGUGGGUGCGACUUAUCCCCUCACUGGAUGGGGGAAUCUACCGCUUUGACGGAGAUGGGGUGGAGGCCCUCCCUGUCACAGCUGAGACUCUCCUGCACUCGUCAUUCAAGUUCAACACCGAUACAGUUUUCACUGGAGGAAAGUCAACUGAAGUCUGGGGAAUGUCAGCAAACACAGGACACUUGUUAUACGUAUGUAAUACUGGUGGAUGUAAUCGACAACAAACAGCAUCAAAGCCUAUACAUGUGUUGGUUGUCCGGCGAGUAACGCAGAUUGUCAGGGCCAUUGAUCCACAGUCUGGAGAGGAGAGGUGGAACUUCAGUGUUGGCCAGCAUGAGGUAAAUCUUGCUGGUGGAGGCUGUGAGGGGAUGAGCAGAGGAGAAGAGGAGGAGGAGCUCCCUUCCCUUCAUUUUGUCGUACCUGACGGCAUCAUAAUGGGCAUGGACGAAAAAGGCCAUCUUCUCUGGCAGCAGAAGCUGGCAUCACCUGUGGUCAGUGCAUGGAGGAUACAGGGAAGUGAUAUUCAGCAGAUUGACUUGUUUAGCACAAACAGUGUACCAGCUUUGUGUCCAGAAUCAGGACAAUCAUAUGGAGAAAAUACAGAGUAUGACCAGGAUGGGGACCAGCAACAGCCUGCCUUGUACGUAGGGGUUCAUCAGAAACAGCUCUAUAUACAGCAGAGUGGCAACAUGAGGAAGAGGGUCAACUCUGCAAUCAGGAUUUAUGCAUCUGAUUUACCCAUUCCAGCGGAAACAUCAUUCCCACGUGUUCAGUGGCGCCCUUACUUAGCAACAGCACUAUCCCGAACCCCAAUUGUUAAUUAUAACAGACGGAAGCACCCAUUGCUCCUCAGCUAUGACCAGAAAGAGGAGAAUACUGCAGUUGCAGUUGCUCACCAGAUAGACUAUCCUUUUGAUAAUGGCUAUUACCUCUAUGGCGAAAGUGAGGGUCAGCUUAAUCUGAGUCGUCCCUUGGAGGCCCCCACAGGUAUGCCCGAGGAUGAAGAUGAAACCAUUAUGGACGAUGUGGCAGCGCAGAUUCUUCACAUAUGCUUUCACAUUGGGCCUGAAACUUGGAUGAAACUGGUUUGUGGUGUUGCUUGCUAUGCCUUGCUUCACUUUCUUCUGUUGCGGUACAUUCUAGUCAGCAUGAGACGUCAAGUGACACAGCAAACCCUCAAUCUGGUUACGCAGAUGCUGAAUCUCAUCAUUCAGAAUAAUCCACAUAUCCUGGCAUUAAUUCACCGAAUGGGAGUGCAGGUGCCCCAGGUUGCUGCACCACCUGCGCCACCUGUGCCACCUGCUCCAGCUCCUACUGAGGUUCCUGUCUUGACAAGUAAUCCUACGGCAGAUUCAGCCUUGCCGGAGAAGAGCGAACCCCCGACACCCCAGUUCACUUCAAGGUAUGCAACAGACUUUGAGCCCAUGCACUGCCUGGGACGUGGCGGCUUCGGUGUAGUGUUUCAGGUCCGGAACAAGCUUGAUGAGAAUGAAUAUGCCGUCAAGAGGAUAACAUUACCAGCAAAGGAAUCAUCUGCAGAGAGAGUAAAGCGUGAAGUCCGUGCACUUGCCAAGUUGAACCACACAAAUAUUGUGCGUUAUUACAACAGCUGGUUGGAAUCGCCUCCUCCUGGUUGGCAAGAUGAGUCUCUGUCUCUUUUACAGAGUGGAUCUGAAGCUUUGUCCACGUCCCCUUUCUCUCAUGGGGCAGAAGAGACCCGUGACAAGGCCCAGGAAGAGAGCUUUGCUUGUCGAGAUGCAGACGAAGGCUUGAAUGAUUCUCUUUCGGAUGUGUUUAACAAACUCGCCCCCAAACCUUAUGAAAGUUAUAGCAUGGUUGAGGACCAGAAAGGCAGAAAUGGGUCCUAUACUGGAUAUAAGGAGGAGUCUGAAGAGGAAUCUGAGAUGGAGGAGGAGGAGGAGUCUGAGGGUUUGCAAGAAAACACAGAUAAGUCUUCCAGUUGGUGGCAGAAUGAUAGCAAAACAGGAGAUAUUCAGGACACCCAGAAUGAUUUUGCUGCAGAAGAUUCGUUUGAGAUAGUUUUUGAGAAUCCUGAAGCAAAACCGAGUGAGAGAAGUGAUGACUGCACAAGUAAUAAAAGUGACUCUAAAGAUGCUGGCAUUCAGAUUCAAAACAAUGCUAGUGAAUUAGAGGACAGUCUUAGUCAGUCAAUAGUUUUUCAAGACUCAGGGUGUGAUAAUGAGAACAGUUUAUCACUACACAGUCCUGUAUUUGAGGAUAAAAGCGCUAGUCAAGAAAGAAGUAGCCAGAGCAAGGAAAGCCACAAAAAGCUGCGGAAGAGGAAGAGAUUACAGAGCCAUCCCUUUGGGAGUGAUUCAAAGGAAACGAGUGAGAGACCAAGAACGUUAAGCCUUCAGACAAGUAUGGAGAAGAUAACAUCCCACUCCAAAGAAGAGGCCAGUGUUCUCCGCAGCAGGACCUUCUUAUAUAUCCAGAUGGAGCUUUGUCAGAGGGAAAGCCUGAAGGACUGGCUCUUGCAAAAUGAAAUUAGAAAUAAAAAGACUAUCUGUGAUAUGUUCAAUGAUAUUGUGAAGGCUGUUGAAUAUGUCCAUGAUAAUCAGCUUAUGCAUCGAGAUCUGAAGCCUUCUAAUAUCUUCUUCUCACUCGAUGGCAAAAUAAAAAUAGGAGACUUUGGGUUGGUAACCACUAUUGCAGAGGACCUGCGAACCCCAGGGGUUGUUCAGCCAGGCUACAUGGGUAGACUGCCUGAUAGUCACCACACCCAUCGUGUGGGGACUCAGCUUUACAUGAGCCCCGAGCAAGUGAUGGGCCAAGUCUAUGAUUACAAAGUAGACAUAUACUCCUUGGGACUCAUUUUCUUUGAGAUGCUAGUGCCAUUUUCCACUGGUAUGGAGCGUCUGACAGUCAUGACCCGUGUACGAGAAGGAACGUUCCCAGAUGGCUUCAUAGAAAGUUAUCCUGAUGAGACACAGUUACUGAAGCUCAUGCUCUCUGCCAAUCCGGACAUGCGUCCCACAACAAGGGGCAUCCGUGCCAGAAACCCUCUGAGGCCUCUCCAGGGCAUCUCUGUCGAAGACAUCCAGCCUGAAGAUCACUUCCAUCUCUCCCGUCAGCGCUCCCUUGUACAUUCCCAGUCAUCCUGUUACUCCAUCGCCUCAUCCACUUCAUCAGGGAGAUGAUGAUGAUGAUGAUGUCAGGAAAACAUAUCUUCUGUCGUGGGAGUUUUCCAUGAUUUCCUUCAUCCUCAUUCUUCAAGUGAUUUGUUCAUCAGUGCUUUUAGUCCUGUCCUUAUACCUCAUCUCAAACAGUCAUGUAAUAAGUUUCCAUAGGCUAGAAAACUUGUAUCACUGCUCAUCAAAGAUCUGUUGUUUGCUUGCAAAAUGUAUGCUGUCAUGGUAAAAUUUUUGUUAAUAUUUUAGUAGCUUUAUCAUGGGUUUUGACCAUCUUUUAUCAAUAGGGUCAUUAUCUGAAAAGUGAAUGGGGUGUUUACAUGGCACUUUUUGGAGGUUGUACUAUAAGCAAAUGUUAUCACAAACAUUAAAAAAUUAUACAUAUAUUUUUUUUUCUAUUUCUCUCUUCUCUUUGGUGCAGAAAGAAGUUCCAUACUGAGCUUGUUAAGGUAGAUAAUACAAAAUCUAAUACUAUUAACUAUUGUGGGAGUCUAGAGUGGGUUUCUGAUGUUAUGAAACAAAGAACAGUACUUAUAGUGUGCAUAAGUAACACUUCCCUCACUCUAAUAAACUGUGAAAGAUGGUUCCCUGGUAUUUCCGUAACACAACCUUGAAAUUAUCUCUACUCUGGGAUGCAUGUAAGUGGUCUAUAUACAUUUUCAAAAUCCAAAAAUAAGAUAUGUAUUAUUAGUUACCUAUAGUCAUAGAGUAUAUCUCUUUAUUAUUUUUCCCUGAUAUUCACACCACAGUAAAACUGAGCCUUUGUUUAUGAUAUUUUUGAUUUCAUGAUAUUGUAAGUAGAGGGAUUACCUAUUAGAAGAGAGUCUGCAUUUUAAUUUUUUUGUGAUUUGAUAUUACAUAUGAUUUUCAUAUUUUGUCUCUGGAGAGGUUAGACCAAACGAAGAUGAGUCAUAGCCACACAAACUCAAAAAAUGCAAAAAAAAACAAACAAAAAGUAUUGAGUGGUUGUUUUUUGGAGGACAGAGAGCUUUGUAUCAUUAUGAUGAAGACCAAAGGCUGUUUUGAUUAUUGUAGAUUGUUGUGGAGUAUAUGCUUUGAGUGGUAUAAAUUUAUUUUGUUAUAUUUAAUCAUCAUCAAGUAUCAUGUAGCUAUCAUUCAUUAGCAAUGAUAUUGAGUAUUCACAAGUAGCAUUAAACUAUGGUUAGUCAUAGUACAUCGUGUGCAAGCGUCGCUUAUUACCAUUAGUAUUACAUUCAUGUGAGUAAAGGGUUUGAAAAGCACAAGACAGUUGUUCAGACUUCACAGGUUGAAAAUGACAUUUUUUAACAGUGUUUGUGAUGAUAUUUAGAACCAGCAGAUGGCUUAAAGUGUGUAAAGUGUUGGGGAAACCCCACAAGAUGCUUUGAAGUUGGGUUUUAAUUGUAUCCAUAUAAUUUGGCUCUAUAUUUUUACAUAUGGUAAAAAUAAUCAAAUCUUGAUGUUCAGUUGAACAUAAUAUAACGUAGAAAUUAGUUUAUUUGAGUGAUUUUUUUUUUUUUUUAUUCUUUAUUAACAGAUUUGUUUUUAAAGAAAAACAGCAGUUUACCAUAGUAUUACAAAAAUAUGCCUAAACAAUUAUAUCUUUCCUGAAGAAAAUGAGGAAUUAGUUUUCUUAUUGUUUCUCAGUCAGUAGGAGAAGGUGGAGCUGUUAAUGCAUGUUUUUUUCCAUACUGUACUGUGAAUUUGAUGGUAUUGAUUUUAGGCAUGUAAUGAUAAAUUGCUACAGGUUAUUUCAGGAGAUUGAAUCCAUAGUCAGUAUUUCUUCCCUUGUAUGUUUAGAUAUUCAUGUGUUAAUGGAUUAAAUAAAAAAACCCGGUGUACUUGUUAAUGUAUUCCAAAUGAAUGAAGAUUUAUUUAUUUAACUCAAAGACCCCGGGAAAAUGUUGUAUUCACUGUAUUAUCAUUUUGUGACAUGUCAUUGCACUUAGAUGGCUCUGCAAGUGCUUAGCCACAAAGGAAUCAAUUAGUAGAUCUUGUGACCUUACCUGAUUUCACUUUUCCUUGAGUUUGUGAGAAAAACGCUUUUCUUUAAUAAUGCGAUCACUAUCGAUGCUGUUAUCCUUAUUAUAGACUUAUAAUUAUUAUGAUGUAAUCGACAUUACUAACAGCGAUAUUAAAUACCAGAUAAUAUUUCUAAAAAAUCAAGGAAAAGGGUAAACAGGUGAGACAGGUAGUACUCAUAAUUGGCUCAUUGGUGAAUUAUAUCUUGUGGAGCCAUCUGUGUGUAAAGACAUCUAAUAGAUCAAACUCAUGGCAUGUACAUAUGUGGCAUCCCUGGUGGUUUGGGGUUAAUGUUAAAGGAAUUCUUAUCAAGUCGGUCUUGUGAAAAAAGUUGACAGUUGGAAAAUAUGUAUAAAGAACAUACAAUAAGCUCAUUCUUGAUUAUUAUAGUUAUGAUAUUGUUACAUAUGUGUCUUUUUCUUAUAUGAUUCAUAUUCUGGUUGUUAUUGAGUCAACAAAUUCUAUCUAAUGCCAUGGAAAUUAUAAAAAAAAGAAUUUUAUUUUUAUAUAUAAAAAGUACGGGGAAAAUACUGUGAUAUAUUAUAUUUCCCAGUUUUUGCAUUACUGUCUUGCCUGAGCUACAGUUAUGUCUGGAUAUGGCUUGGCAACAGAGAGUCAGUGCUGAAUGGGUGGAGUGGAUGGGGUGGGGCGGGGGGGAGGGGGAGAUUCAGAGAUAUUCCAGUUACAUUCGUUUUAUAUAACCUUCUCCUCUCUUGUUUUUUUUGUUUUUUUUCUUUGUAUCUGUUUAAGCUUUCCCCUAUUUAUGCAACUUGAAUUUAGUACAAUGAAAAGUUUGUGUAAUGGCUGAUAACUUUACUCCUCGAACAAUAUGUGUACGUGACUGCCAUAAGGUGUUGACAUUUUUGGAUUUUUUAAGAUGUAUGUUAAUUUCCAAAUAAGAUAUUAAACUUAUGGCCAAAA